CAUUCAUUUCCUCCUGAGUAGCCCACAAAGGAGGAGGGAGACGAAAAGAGAGAGAGAGAGAGAGAGAGAGAGGUACAGACAAGAGUCUGACCGCACAGGAACACAAGACAGAGAGAGAAACAGAGCUAAAGGGACGCAAUAAGGAUAUCACUUCUUGAUCUCACAUUCCGAGACUUCAAACAAGGAUGUUGAUGCUGGACGGGAUGCCUGUCCUGCGAGUCAGAGCAGAACCGGUGCAGAUGCAGCGGAGGUCUCCUGAGAUCCGUAGCUACGCACAUGACAUGGGCGUGUUGGUGAUGGAAAGAAGGUUCCGGACUCAUUCGCCUGAGAAACGCUUCCCAUCAGACCUGUUCCAGAUGCAGACCGAGCCCGUGGACCUUUCCACCAACAGAUCCCGCUCUUCACCAUCAUCAUCAUCGUCAUCAUCGUCACCAUCAUCUUCAUCGUCAUCCUUAUCAUCAUCACCAUCCUCGUCAUUGUUGCGUUUCUCACCGCGCUCCCCUUCGGUAUCAUCCACCAAGUCUCCUUCAUCUUCAUCAUCAUCAGUAUCAUCAUUAUCAUCGAUAAUGCCCUCAAGCUCACCGCCAUCCGUCAUAACUCCAGUGCCGCGAUUAAAGAUGUCGCCAUCAAGGGUGACAUCUCCGCCAUCUAUCGCUCGCAGGGGGCAACCGUUCCUACACAUGCCCCAGGUCUUGCCUUCAUGCCCUAGCCCCAUCCACCUGCACCCUCACAGAGUCCCCGUGGUGGUACAGCCUGUGCCGCUGGUCUACCCCAGGGUUGGUUCACUGGGACCAGGUAGUCUCAUGGCACCCAUGCUGGAAGAAAGCAGGAUACAUGGAAAAGUCACACACAGAGUAGCAGAUGGACCGUCUCCACGGCGAUCUUUGAGUGACAGUGAGGACGAUGACCUGCCCAAUGUGACGCUAGACAGAGUGAAUGAGACCGGCUCCACCGCCCUGACCAUCGCCCGUGCUGUUCAGGACUCCAUGUUGCCGUUCAGCAUCGAGAGCAUGCGAAGGCCGAGGCGACCCGAGUCUCCUGACACCAAGAGGAGACGCAUCCACCGCUGCGAGUUCGAUGGUUGCAGUAAGGUCUACACCAAGAGCUCUCACCUCAAAGCUCACAGGAGGACACACACCGGUGAGAAGCCCUAUAAGUGUACCUGGGACGGCUGCACGUGGAAGUUUGCGCGCUCGGAUGAGCUCACACGCCACUACCGCAAGCACACAGGGGUCAAGCCUUUCAAGUGUGGUGACUGCGAGCGCAGCUUCUCCCGCUCGGACCACCUGGCACUCCACCGCCGGCGCCACGCCCUGGUCUGAGGAUACACAUACACACACGCAUGUGCACACACAUAUACUCACUCACACAUACACACUCACUCACUCACUUACACACAAACACGGAUGGAGCAGUUUUAGAGGGACAGAGUCAGGAUGUGGCCCAGGAAAGGCUGGUCCUUUCCCUGAAUGUGCUCACGGUAUCAGGAGAGGGAAAACAAUCAUGAAUGAAGAGAAGGAGUGCUGAUCAGUUUUUACUGUUUAUAUCCUGAAGAAUACAUUUCUAUAUCUAUGUGUAAUAUUUAUCUGUAUCUGUAAGAAGGCUGAUCAUAUUGUAAAAUAUUACAAAGUAUGAAGGAGGGGGGGGGGUGAUUAUUAAAUAAUACCAGCGCAUAUCGCAGGGCAUAUCGAUCAUAAUCAGCAUUUAUAAUUAUGUCAUUUCAUUGCAAUAUUAGAACCCAGUUUAAAAGUAUUACACCAAUUUGUUUUAGCCAGUACGAAACUUGUAAUGUAAAUCAUUUGUUUGUUUGUUUGUUUGUUUGUUUGUUGACUGCGUCAGUGCCAGUCAUGAACUGUGAAAAAAAUGAAGGGCAGAGAUAAAAAAAAAAUCAGAUCUCAUGCAAAUCAUAAACACAGACGGAUAAAUGAACAGGGUAUGAACCUCAUAGUGAACUAGCCAACGCAAUUUCAUUGACUAAAUAUCAUUUACUAAUUAUAUAUAUAUAUAUAUAUAUAUAUAUAUAUAUAUAUAUAUAAAAUUAAACUUUGCACACCUUUGAUUGUGGAGUAAGUGUUCACACAAAUUAGACAUGAGGUCAAAAACGAUAUUUUUAAAUAAGGCAUUAUUAUUAUUAUUAUGACAAUGAUGAUUAUUAUAAAAAAAUAUUAAGCACUAUUAUUAUUAUUAUUAUUCAAAAUAACUUAAAUUAAUAAUAAUUUAUUAUUUAAUUAUUAUUAAUAAUAAACACUUUUAUUUGUAUUAUUAUUAUUAUUAUUAUUAUU